AUUUAAUAAAUAGCAACAAAAAUAAAUAUACACGAGUAAUCACGUCUUUUUGAAUUCGUUUCCUUAUAAAAAGACUCGUUACGUUACUCUACUUUUGACUUCAAAACACAAUCUAUUUCCUUUCUAAUUACACACAUUAUAUAUCUACCCUCCUCUUCUUCUUCUUCACUGAACGAUUCGUAGUCUUAGAUAUCUGUUUUCAUUUCUCUCUGAGACAUAUCGUCGAACAGAUGGGAGACAGACAGCCAUACCUGAACGGCGGAUACUACGGGCCAUCGAUUCCUCCGCCGGCGAAGACCAAACGCCGAUACAACACGCCGGGAUUCGGAUGCUGCUGCUUCAGCUGCAUCGGUAGCUGUUUACGCUGCUGCGGUUGCUGCAUCCUAAGCCUGAUCUGCAACAUCCUCAUUGCCGUCGCCGUAAUCCUCGGCAUCGCCGCCUUCGUUCUCUGGCUCAUCUUCCGUCCCAACGCCGUCAAAUUCUACGUCACCGACGCAAAUCUGAACCGAUUCAGCCUCGAUUCGAACAACAACAGCAAUCUCCACUACGAUCUCGAUCUCAAUUUCACAAUCCGUAACCCCAAUCAACGAAUCGGAGUCUACUACGAUGAGAUCCAGGUCAGUGGAUAUUACGGCGACCAGCGAUUCGGCUCCGUAGGCAUAUCGCCGUUCUAUCAAGGACACAAAAACACGACGGUGAUUGGGACCAAAAUCGAGGGACAGAAUCUGAUGGUGCUCGGCGACGGAGCGCGAGCGGAUGUGAAGGAGGAUGAGAAAGCCGGAGUUUACCGGAUCGAUGCGAAGCUGCGGAUGAGUGUUAGGUUCAAGUUUUGGGUGAUAAAGUUGUGGAAAUUCAAACCGAAGAUUAAGUGUGAUGAUCUCAAGAUCCCUCUCGUUUCCUCUAAUUCAUCCAGCGGGUUUAAGUUUCAAACUAUCAAGUGUGACUUUGACUUAUCUUAGUCAACUCCCAGUUUUUUUAUGAAUUGUUCUCAUGUUUUUUUGUUUUUUUUUUUGUUUCGUUCUUCUAGUAUUUGGCUUAAGAUUGUAGAACUUGAUUAAUCCAUAUGGCUUAUGUGGGGUGUUUAUGU